AUAAACACAGGCGAAGAAUAUUUUCAAAAACACAAAUGCCCAGUUUAAUCGAAGAAUUCCAAAAAACUUGGCUAACAUCUUUAAUAGGAUUGGGCUUGUUGUGUCUUGGAGUGUUUCUCUUAACAUGGAAUGAGGGUAGGGCUGUUUAUCAUGCUCAUUCCCUGGAUGAGACAUUUAACAAUGCCAUAGCAUUAAAUCCAUAUGAACCCAUUAGACCGGAACUGGAUGAUAGGGUUGUGUACAUUAGUGCUCCUUUAACCAUUGAUGAACCAUUAACAGAACCUGAAUAUUCGAUAUCAAUUCAAGCUGUUAAAUUGAGGAGGAGGGUGCAAAUGUAUCAAUGGGUUGAAGAAAGAACUCCAAGGGAUGAUUUUAAUGAGCAAGAUAGUAUUGCAGCCCAACAUUCUUCACAUGAUUAUUAUUAUGUGACAGAGUGGAGAGAUAAGCUAGUUGACAGUAGCACUUUCUAUAUAAGACAUGGCCAUCAAAAUCCACUAGAAAUGCCAUUAAAAUCACAUAUAUAUGUAGCACCAACAGUAAAAGUGGGCCCCCUAACACUUGGUUCAGAAAUAAAGCAGAAAUUUUCGGAUUGGAUUGAGGUGACCAGCGACGAACGGCCCGAAAGAAAAGAUGUAAAACUUCACAUGGGAAUAUACUACCAUUGCGACGACGUGUGGAAUCCAGAAGUUGGUGAUAUUAGAGUGCAAUUUUAUUAUGCAGGGUCUUCUGGAGAACCUGUUUCAAUAAUAGCAAAACAAAAAGAUGGAAAUUUAGUUCCUUAUACAACAAGUAAAGGACAUGACAUUGCUUUGCUGAGACAUGGAAAUUUAAAUAUAAACGACAUUUUUAAUGCUGAACAUCAUGAUGCAAGGCUGGAGACUUGGAAAUUGAGAGGCAUUGGAACAUUUGCUGUAUAUGCUGGCAGUGUUUGUUUAGCUAGAAUUUUAAAGAUAUUAUUAUUGAGGCUUCCAUUGCUUAGGAGCUUAAUAUCCAGCGACAUGGCAUCAUUUCAAAGUCUUAUUUUGUCAGUUUCAGUAUCACUGGUCGUAAUAGCGUUUACGUGGAUUUUUUACAGACCUAUUCUGGGUGCAAGCUUAAUUUUGGCUGCAUUUAGUCCUUUCUUUUAUUGUGCAAUGGGCGUGUAUAAUAUGGCACAAAAUGGUUACAACACAAGGUGAUGGCAGAAAUAUUUGGAAAUUUGAUUAAAUAAUAAUGGAUGUCAUGAAGCUGGCUGAACUAUGAAAGAACAAAUAAUUGAAACUUGUUUUAACAAAAUAACCAGUAGGAAUAGAAAUGCUGCUUAUUUAUAAACAAAAGCAUAAAAAUAAAAAGCGAUUUCAUAUA